GCCAACUCCCUCGAACGCCAGCAAGCCAUGUGGGAGCGAAGCGCCUUGCUGGUGGCGCUCGCUCUGGGACUGGCACUCCAGGUCUACUUGGCUCACUCGAUGUUGGGCACCAAGCCGCCACGAGGCGCCCGCGACGGGCUCGUCGCUUCGCGGGGACUCCGCGCCGACCUAGGCGACUCGGCCGCCAUCGCCGCCGCCGCUGCUGCUUUACCAGGUGCAAAGCAUCAAUCGAUGGCAGAGUAUGUGGCCAUGCGGAGCCGCCGCUCUGGAGUCGCCGCGGCGUAUCUUCGGGCCGUCUGCCUCGACGACGGCAUCGCUGGACUCGACGCCCGCGAUGCGCGCCUCCUUGCACCGGAUCUUCCAGGUGGCCGACUCGCCAUCGAGCCUGCGCUGCCGCCGCACAUGGCCAACAUCGCAUUUCACGACGGCUCGGACGGCAUCGCUUUGCAGGCGGUCGAGCUUCCAUGGCUCACACCGGCCUCGGGUGAUUGCUCGUCGGCGUGUCGGGAGUCGCUGGCGGAGGCUCUGGACGGCACAAGCUCGUCGCCGGGCCGCAGCGCCGAGCUGCUGCCGUUUGAUGUGGUUCCGAUUGGCUCGCGCGAUUACAGGGCAUCGUUGGCACAUCUCGCGGAUGCCUUGGAUCCUGACCACCAGCUUGAGCCGUCGAUCGAGCUCGAGACGCGGCGAGUUCUCAGCUUGCCCAACGUUGUCCUGGACAGCGAGUGCAGCCACGUUUUGCUCACUCCGCCGGCUGGCAUUGGCACUGCAUCCAAGCUCUUCCAGCUCAAGUACGCGCAUGCGAUGCGCCUUGGCCUUGACGCCAUGGUCGAUGUUGCCGCCGAGGCCUGUGUCGUUUUUCUGGUUGAUCCGACCGGUCCCGGCUUUGGCCGCAGUGGCCCGGCGUCUUACCACCUGGCUGCAGUACUUGUCCAUGGCUACAUGUCUGGGAUGUCGACGCGCUACUCGAUCCAUUCGCUCUCCGCAUGGCGGGCUCUGGAGAGUCCCGUCUCGGUUGUUGUUCCGCGGCUUGUCGUGCUUUGCGCUAGACUUGAUGCAUUGGCCGAUCCGUGGCUGGAUGCGGUGCUUCCUGCCGCCGCAGAGACGUGGCUGCUGGGAGAUGACACCGGCGCGGCGAUGAAAGCGCUGAACUUUGUCCACGCCAGUGACCCCGACAUCCAUCCCCAGCAAGCGCGCAUGGUGGCGUACCUUGCCAAAAGCCGCGAGCUUUUUGGGGGUGCCUUGGCGGCGACGACGCAGGCUUCGCGGAUCGCUCCACCCCCGCCUCCCGCCUCGACGCCUCGCCUGGCCACGAGUUGUGGAAGCAUACGCAUCGGGAUAUCCCCGGUGCUCAAAGUUGGUCUUGACCAGUUUCGCAAGCUGAAGGCUGCCCGCAGCUCGCACAUCGAGCACCUCACUGUCGGGGUUGUCAACGAUGCGCUUGGCAUCGCCAGUGUCGAUGUCUUUGUCGGGUUACUUGACGAUACCGACUCGUGGCCCGCACUGCUGGCUCCGGCAGCUGCGCGAGUUUUGCUCUACUCCUCAGCAGCGCCGCUCGCAGGGCGAGCCCUUGACACGGUCGCCGUCGCGAGUGCCGGUGGUGCGACGGUGUCUGUUAUCGACUCCCCGUCGCACCCCAAGGCUUGUGUGUGA